AUGGCAGAUCGGCUUUGCAGACCAUGUCGCGACGUCGCGCGGCGACAGCUACGGCUCUUGCGCGAGCUCAAUCGCCCAUCCGUCGGCCAGCGUGCUGCUGUCGCGGAGAUCGCGAGGACGUCAACGCGACAGUUCCACCAGACCACAUCGAGCCGCUCGCAAGGCUCACCUCAGCCUGAAAAGCAACCCGGCGUUGCGCAGACCUUGCUGGGCAUCGCGAGUAAGAUCCUGCCAUCGAAAGCGGUCCAGCCCUACCAAAUCUUCGGCGCCACUGAGAGCAUCUACAAGGCGUGCGCUGCGCCGGCCACGUACAAGAUCGCACCGGAGUUGAGGAAGAAGGAGGAAGUACCAUUGACAGAGGACGGGGAGGAGGUUGGUGUUGGAGGGGGCGUCUGGCAUGAUGAAUUUGGUCUCCCCCCGACAUUUAGCACAUGGUCGCAAGUGACCAUGCUGCACCUCUACCUCAUAGUCGUGCGAUUACGAUGCCUCGAGAAGACCCAGUGGCAGGCGUGGCAGAACCAGCUGGUGAACCACUUCUUCCACAACGCCGAGGACGUCAUGGAGGUGAACCACGGCAUGUCGUCGCGCAUGAUCCGCCAGAGGCACCUGCAGAACCUGUUCCAGACGUGGAGGGGCGUGAUACUGGCGUACGACGAGGGCCUGGUCAAGGGCGACGCCGUCAUGGCGUCGGCGGUGUGGAGGAACAUCUUCAAGGCCGACGAGAACGUCGACAUGAGGCAUGUCGCUGCCAUCGUCAGCUGGAUGAGGUCGGUCUCGAGGAACUUGGACAAGAUGCUCGACCCUGCGCUGCUGUACCAUGGGGGCAGCGUGUUCAAGACGCAGCCUACGGCGGAGUUGAAGGUGGUUGACGAGCCCGCCUCGCUCGAGCAGAUCACCCAGAGCGCUGCGCCGGAGGCCAAGUCGACGAAAGCUAAGCCUACCAGCCGUUUCAAGUGA